AGUUGAGUGCAGACGAGCUCACAACAAGUGCGAAGCACAAAAAUAGAUUUAAAAAUCCCUUUUCAAUUUUGAAGCAUAGUUAAAUUUAAGGCCGUCAUACUCAAAAAAAAAAAAAAAAAAAAAAAAUUAAGGCCAUUAUUUCCUUUUAACCUGCACCCAAAUUCCAUAUCCAUUAUUCCGAGCUUGCUUUGUGCUCUAAUGGAGUUUGGAUUCUAGACCCAUUCGCCCACCAUUUUCUCCGCUAAUAAAUUCCCCUUUUCGCCCCAUUCGUAUAAUUAAUUCAUUUCCAGUACCUAGUCACUCUACCUUGCUAAACCAAAGCCAGCUGGAGAGAGAGAGAGAGAUGACUGAGGACUGAGAAAUGGGCCUCCUUAUGCGGCUCCACAUUCUGGAUCCGAGAUUUGUUAUUUUUCGAGGGUGCUAACUGGCUUGCAAAGGAAUUAGUGGGGGGAGGGGAAGAUAUGAGGGUUUUGGGGGAGUCGUGGUGUUUCUGCAACGGUGGGGGCAAGUCGGAGAGAAUGAAGGGCGCCAUUUUCUCCGGCAAGGCUCCGGCCAUGGCGAGAAUCAACGGCGGCGGCACCGGCUUCCUGAUCCACCGCAAUCUGCUGCUCACCACCCACGCCAGUCUCCCAUCCGUAGCCGCCGCUGAAGCCGCCGAGAUCCGACUCCACAAUGGCCUCUCCGCUACCCUUUUCCCUCACCGGUUCUUUAUUACAAGCUCUGUUCUUGACCUGACAAUGGUGGGCCUCGAUGCUUUCGAUGGUGAGUCGAAUGCUCCCGUGCAGCAUCCUCACUACUUAAAGACUUGUUCAAAACCAAAUCUGGAGCUGGGAAGUAUGGUUUAUCUUUUAGGGUACACAGAUAAACAGGAGUUGGCCGUUGGUGAAGGAAAGGUAGUAAUAGCUACCGACAAUCUGAUAAAGUUAUCAACUGAUGGAGUAACAUGGAGCCCAGGUUCUGCUGGUUUUGAUUUUCAUGGCAAUCUCUCCUUCAUGGUUUGCGAUCCUAUGAAGCUUGCAACUUCUCCAAAUACCAAAUCCUCUUCAACUUCAUCAUCAUCAACGUCCUCAUGGAAGAAAGACACCCAGAUGCAAUUUGGCAUCCCUAUACCCGUCAUCUGUCAUUGGCUAAAUCAGCACUGGGAGGGGAACCUCGACGAACUCAACAAACCAAAACUACCUCUGAUCCGGUUGAUGUCCUCAGGUCAGAAAAGCGAGCAUUCUUGUGCAUCAUUCACCAUGCGGCGCGUUUUUAAGUCGACUGAAGGUGAGAAUGAAGGGACACCAUCUUCAUCCAAACCAGUAGAUCAACCUGGACCGAGUUCAGCAGCUGUCCACACCGUGGAAGUCGAAGAAGAGACCUCAAGUGGCGAUCGGCAAGGCGCGACGCAUGUUCCUGGAAUCCCAACUCCCGAGAUUUACGAGUCCCCAAUGCUGACCUCAGUCCCAUUUAGGAACAAAGAUGCUACUACUACUCAAAUCCAGAUUUUGGACAUCAACUUCCCUCCAAGGAUUAGUAAAGCUGCAUCAUCACCUAAGCAAUCAAGAAAAAUGAUGCCACCGAGCUCCGAUCAAAACUAUGUCAAGGAUUUCCUGCUUCAAAAACCACCAGAGGGACCUUCCAGCCCCAUCCUGGAUGCAGAAUCAACGGGGUCCGUCAACGGAGCCCAGACUGACAUCCAGUCAAGCUCUUCUCCCGUUGAGAUUCCGGAGUUGCCACACGAAUACAGCAGCGAAGGAGAAACCACCAUGUACUCCGCCGAAACAGCCGAGAGCCGGAACUACCCAAGCCCUAGAGAGGGAAGGUUCUAUCAGGUAGGAAGGAGCCAGAGCUGUGUGAGCUACAACAGAUGGGGGCCGAUCCCAAAAAACUCCAUCGCCCGCGGCUCAAAUCUGGAGAAGCACCAGAGCUUCAUGCAAGGGAGGAAGGUGUACUCACAAGGUGCAACAUCUCAAAGGAGCAAUGACUACUACAGUCCAACAGUUUCCUCCAUUAUGAAGAAAAGGAAUGACAUGGAGCAGCAAAAACGCAGGCCGAGGCAGAGCGCAGUGCAUACAUCUCCAAGGUGGAAUUUUUAACAGUAAGUCAUUGAUUAUACUUACUUUCUUGAUUACCAUCUAAUAGCCUACUUGUUCUAUGCUCAUAUGCCUUGUUUUCUUGCUUAUACCUGUAAGUAGUUAAUUGUUUAGACAGAUACAAACGAUUUUAACACACCCUUAUUAAUUUUACCCUUUUCUUUUUAAUGGUAUUGGGGUGUGUGUGAAGGGGUUAUUUGUCUUCUUAGUAGUGAACUUUGAGAACUAUUGUUUAUAGGCUUACUUCCCAAAACAGAAAUGAUGUAUGUUAAACAUACUCUUGAGAUAAGAAGGUUUGUUUCUGAUUC